AUGUCUGCCUCGAGAAUUAUGCCCAAUAUUUUGGUCACUGGGACUCCCGGUUGUGGAAAGACAACAACGUGUGAACUUUUGCAGAGACAUCUGAAGGGCUCGAAAUACUACAAUAUUAGUGACUUUGCAGAGCAAAACAAGUGCUACGAUGGAUACGACGAGGCGAGAAAAUCACAUAUAGUAGAUGAAGACAAAUUGCUGGAUGAGUUGGAGCCCUUGCUUCGUCAAGGUGGAGCCAUCAUCGAUUGGCAUGUCAAUGACAUUUUCCCGGAACGACUGAUCGAUCUGGUAGUGGUCCUGAGAUGUGACAAUUCAGUCCUGUACGACAGACUGUCGCAGCGGAAAUACCACGAGGCGAAGAUCCAGGAGAACAUCGACGCGGAGAUCAUGGGUGUAGUGAUGCAGGACGCAGUAGAUUCGUACGCGCAGGAGAUCGUAGUGGAGUUGCAGAGCGACUCUACCGAGGAGAUGGCGAAUAAUGUGGACCGGAUCGUGGCUUGGACGGACUCGUGGCGCGCACAGCAUCCGAAAGGCGUGACCAACGAGCUGGAGGACCAUAGCGCAGCGGAGGACGAGAGUUCGGGGGGAGAAAGCAAUAUUGUGGAAGAGCAAAGCGCAGAGGAGGAGGAGGCGGAAAGUGCACACGAAGAGAACAGCCUUCACAGUGACGGGGAGUGA